AUGAGCAGCUCUGAAGGUGAUUCCUUCUACGAGGCAGAUGACGGCAGCACGGACUAUGAUUUUGAACCUGGGGUAGAUAUGGAUGGUCUUUGGAGGCAACGGAAAAGGCGUCGAGUUCAAACACGAUCUGAAAUUAACGAUGAUCAAAACGAUUAUUCCGAGGAGGAUGACGGCGACGAAAAUUACGACAGCACUGAAGAAGAAUUAGGCGAUGAGGUUAUCGAACCUGCUAGAUUGUCUGAUUUGCGCAACGACGCAAACCAACAUGUGGACACAGUACCUGUCAUUUCACCGUCAAUAGACCCAUAUUUGUCGCGGCCUUCUCCCGAUAGCGGCCCUGAUGUGAUCGAUAUUCUAGCACAGUCAGAUUCAGACCCAGAACAAAAUAUUUCUGACCCGAAUGAUUCAGAGCCGUUGGAGGUAACUAAUUCUCCACAGGCUGUGGAAAUUCCGGACGACGAAAUUUCCCCAGCGGCCCGUCCUGCACAUAAAAAAGCGUCUGACUAUAGGUGUCCUAUUUGUUUCGAACCUCCAGAGGCUGCUCUUUUCACUCCUUGUGGCCAUAUCUUCUGCACUGAGUGCUUGUUUCAAAUGAUCAAUAGCACAAGGACAAGUCGUAAAGCUGGACAAUGUGCACUUUGCAGACGAGACGUAAGACUGAAAGAAGUCAAACUCAUAAAAAUGCGCAAAAAGAAAGUUGCCAAGAGUUCCUAG